CCUGUAUUACAUUAACAAAUUUCCCACCAAUCCAUCCAUACAUUACUCCAUCACAGCACAACUCUCACUCAGAGCAAAAAAGAAAAAAAGAAAAAAAAAUGGCCUCUGCUUGUGCUUCUUCUGCCAUUGCAGCUGUUUCCAUCUCGUCGCCCAGUUCCCAAAAGAGUGGAUCAGUAGUAGGAGCAGCAAAGGCUUCGUUCCUUAGCGGGAAGAAAUUGGUGACGGUGCGAAAGCUCGCGUCAUCGGUUGGUUCAAGAUCGGUUAGAGUGAGCGCGGUUGCAGCUGAUCCUGAUAGACCCCUCUGGUUUCCAGGCAGUACUCCUCCUGCAUGGCUAGAUGGCAGCCUUCCUGGAGACUUUGGCUUUGAUCCCUUGGGUCUUGGAUCUGACCCUGAAACCCUAAGAUGGAAUGUACAAGCAGAGCUAGUACACUGCAGAUGGGCAAUGUUGGGUGCAGCUGGUAUUUUCAUUCCUGAAUUCCUCACCAAAAUUGGUAUCUUAAACACUCCAUCUUGGUAUGAUGCUGGCAAAUUGGAAUACUUCACUGAUACCACCACUCUAUUCGUCGUUGAGCUCGUUUUUAUUGGAUGGGCCGAGGGAAGAAGAUGGGCCGACAUUCUCAAGCCCGGGUGUGUCAACACCGACCCCAUCUUCCCCAACAACAAGCUCACGGGUACAGACGUUGGUUAUCCAGGUGGACUAUGGUUUGACCCACUUGGAUGGGGCAGUGGUUCAGCACAAAAGCUGAAGGAAUUGAGGACUAAGGAAAUCAAGAACGGAAGAUUGGCUAUGUUGGCUGUAAUGGGUGCUUGGUUCCAACACAUUUACACCGGCGCUGGUCCUAUUGACAAUCUUUUUGCCCAUCUUGCUGAUCCUGGUCAUGCUACAGUUUUUUCUGCAUUCACCCCCAAGUGAAGAAAUCAAGAGUGAUACAUAAGAUGGAAAUUUGAAGCAUUUUGUAUUUGCUGAAACAAAUUAAAAAAAGUUUUAUGUAUCAUAUAGAAGCUGUAAUGCCUGUGUUAUGGUUUCUUCAUGAAAUUGUGCUUGAUCUUGCAAUGUACAAAAUUUGUAACUUAGAUGCUUAUGAAUAUAUAUUAGCCAUCAUUGUUAUUAUGUUACUAAA